CCCUAGUCAAGUAGUGGGCCGAGACGGUCGACCGCUCCGCGCUCCAGCGGGUGCUGUUGCCGUUUUCCUCGCAGGGGCAAAUAGAGCACUACCGUUCUAGCGCCCCCCUUGUCAAAGAACAAAAGGGAAAGUAGAGUCGAAGCGGCACGAGCGAGAGAUUGCCAUGGUUCUAGGGUUGCAGCAGUUCGUCGAGCGGGUCGGGGACGGGAGUGGGCAGCCCCGCCUUGACGCUGACGCCGGCGAGGAGCUGAUGCACGUCCAGCCCGGCGUGGCCAUCGUUCUCGGCGGCCGGCCACCGGAGUCCCCCGGGACCCUCUACAUCUCCACCAAGAGAGUGGUGUGGCUAAGCGACGCGGAUAGAGCCAAAGGCUAUGGUGUGGAUUUCUUGUCGGUUUCCCUCCAUGCGGUGUCGAGGGACCCGGAGACGUACCCCCUCCCUUGUAUCUACACUCAGAUUGAAACUGAAGCUGCUGAGGAUGAGGAGUCUGAAGGCUCAGAUUCAGAAUGUGGUCAGGAUGUAGAGCUGUCAAAAGUCACUGAAAUGAGGCUUGUGCCAUCAGAUCCUAGUCAGUUGGAUACUCUUUUUGACUUUUUCUGUCAAUGCGCUGAAUUGAACCCUGAGCCUCAUGAAGAGGCAGAGGAAGAAAAUAGCUGGGUUUUUGGUGAUGAGGAUAUGGCUGAUGAAGGAAGUGAUUCUGAGUGGCAACCUUCAGAAAAUCUUGCCAACCCCAUUGGUUAUGCAAAUGGUAAUCAUGACCUGGCUCAUCAGGUCCUUGAGCUCCAAAUCAAUGAUCAGCGAUUUGAGGAUGCAGAGGAAGUGGAACAUGAGUCCGAAGGUGUUCGUCAAUAAGCAGAAUACCCAUGCAGGUAUCUUCUUCUGCAGAGUCUGAUCUAUCAGCUCUUAUUUUAAACUACUAACGAUGCAGCUUUCGGAGGUGUGUUUUGCUGUCAGCUUACUAAACAUCACUUCUGCCAAGAAAGCCAAGCUAGGUUAGCUUCACCUACUAGCAUGCAGCAGACCACCUGGUAGAGUGGUUGUAUCAUGGCUAUUUUUCAUGCAAAGGUCUUGCUGUUGGUCAAGAAUGUAUGUUAGGUUGAUCGUGUCUUGGAGAAUUUGAACCGAGUACUGUUACCAAAAGCCUGACUAUUGGAAGCAGUCUUGCCCCAUAGCUGGAGUAAAUAUGAGGAUUUUGUGAUGCGAUUGCAGGAAUUUUAUAUUUAAGUUAACAUUAGGCCAAUCAGGAGUUGUUGCAGCUGGCAUGUUCAUGCAAACUGCUCUUUUUUUAUUUUGUGCUAAAUUGAUUUAUUUUUGUUCA